AAUUAGAGAGCUUGAAAAAAAGGCAUCCUGUGGUUUGCAGAUUCAGACAUAGGAACAGCAGCUGUGAAUGAAAGAAAAGCUGUGUCUAAGCUAGUAUCUAGGAGAAGGUCAGCAAGGUCCCUCCUGGGUAACAGCAAGGCAGCAGCCUGAAGCUGAUUCUCAGUUUCAUUGAGUCAGUGAGCUGGGUUUCACUUGAAGUUAUUCUGCAGAAUUUAAUAACCCACCACCGCUAUGAUCCACAGCCUCUUCCUUAUCAACUCUUCAGGGGACAUCUUCUUGGAGAAGCACUGGAAAAGCGUGGUUAGUCGAUCAGUCUGUGACUACUUUUUUGAGGCACAGGAGAGGGCAACUGAGGCAGAGAAUGUGCCUCCUGUGAUCCCAACUCCUCAUCAUUACCUUAUUAGUGUCUACCGACACAAGAUCUUCUUUGUCGCAGUUAUUCAGAGCGAAGUUCCUCCUCUGUUUGUCAUUGAAUUCUUACACAGGGUGGUGGACACUUUUCAGGAUUAUUUUGGUGUGUGCACAGAAGCAGUGAUUAAGGACAAUGUUGUGGUGGUGUAUGAGGUGCUGGAGGAAAUGCUGGACAAUGGUUUCCCCUUGGCUACUGAGUCCAACAUCCUAAAGGAGCUGAUAAAGCCCCCCACCAUCUUAAGGACAGUUGUAAAUACCAUUACAGGUAGCACUAAUGUUGGUGAUCAGCUCCCCACUGGCCAGCUGUCUGUGGUACCAUGGCGACGGACUGGUGUUAAGUACACAAACAACGAGGCCUAUUUUGACGUGAUUGAGGAGAUUGAUGCUAUUAUUGACAAAUCAGGUUCUACCGUGACAGCUGAAAUCCAAGGAGUGAUUGAUGCAUGUGUGAAGCUGACUGGAAUGCCUGAUCUCACACUUUCUUUCAUGAACCCAAGGUUACUGGAUGAUGUCAGUUUUCACCCCUGUGUUCGUUUCAAGCGCUGGGAAUCUGAACGGAUUCUUUCAUUCAUUCCUCCAGAUGGCAGUUUUCGCCUCUUGUCAUACCAUGUCAGCUCUCAGAACUUGGUGGCUAUUCCUGUCUAUGUGAAGCACAACAUUAGCUUUAGAGACAAUGUGUCCCUUGGUCGCUUUGAGAUCACAAUUGGUCCGAAACAGACAAUGGGGAAAACUGUGGAGGGAGUAAUGGUGACCAGCCAAAUGCCAAAAGGUGUUCUGAACAUGACCCUCACCCCUUCACAGGGAACGUACACCUUUGAUCCCGUCUCAAAAUUACUGUCCUGGGAUAUUGGAAAGAUAAACCCGCAGAAGCUGCCUACUUUGAAGGGGACAGUCAGCUUGCAAACAGGGGUUUCUAAACCUGAUGAGAAUCCUACAAUCAACAUACAGUUUAAAAUCCAGCAACUGGCAAUCUCAGGCUUGAAGGUUAAUCGGCUGGACAUGUAUGGAGAGAAGUACAAACCUUUUAAGGGUAUUAAGUACAUGACGAAGGCUGGCAAGUUUCAGGCCAGAACAUAAGAGACAGCUAUAAAUGGCAUUAUCUAAGGAGGACUGAUUUGUACAUUAUGACAGAAGGUCUUUCUUUUGGAGCACAUUCCUUUGCCCUUUGAAGGUACUUUCCUGGAGGAGGCUAAUGACAUCACUUUAGAGUGGAAGUCUUUAUAAGUCUGACCAUGAGAACCAAGCUAUAUGUUAAGCCACUUAGUGAAAGGCUGAACAGUCAUUUGGUACUACUGUCUGUAAGUGGUACUUAUCUGUCUGUCUGCCUGCCAUGCAGUACCUUGAAUGUUCAGAGUAUGAAAUCUGCGGUAUUCAGAUAGUGGGUAUCAUGUCUUUUUGUCCCCUUGUAAAUUUUAAUACCCACUGGUGAGGUCCAUCUUGCCUGUUUUAGUCUCCUGAGUCAGCAAGAACCAGAGCUGACAAAUGCAUUUGUCCUCAUUUGUAUGACCUGAAUGAACUUUUGGCAUGGAUUUUUUUCAAACAAGUACAUGUCAUCCUAGCACAUUAGCUACCCCUGUUUUAAAGAGAAUGUUGGUCUGUUCAGUCUGUACUAUCAAUGCAUCUGAGGAGAAUGUGUAUUGACAGCUAUGCACUGUAGGAAUUUUUUUCAUUUUGAGUUCUCACUGAUUGUGAUGGAAUCAUGUGAUUUUUUUUUGGGAAUACUAUUAAGUCCAUUCUGCUGAUAGAGUUUGUUCUGUGAAGUAUGAAUGAUCCUAUGUUUUCCCAUUUUGGAUACUCCAUAAUGCAUUUAUAGGUAAAAUAUGUUCUUAUAAUUAUAAAAUACAAAAUGUUUUUUCUGUUAAAAUAAGUUAUCCGCUGGUUCAAGUUUAUUGCAAAGUAUCUUAUGUGUUAAUUUUUUGUUGAUAGGGCCUGUGUUUAGGGCAUGCAGAGGUUUGCAAAACAGGUCAGUAUUUAUAUCUUCAUUUCAGGGACUGCAGUGAUUGCAUAUUCUUUUGUACUUCCAUGACCAAAUUUUGCACUAACAAAAGUGAAUUUAAAUAAAAGGUAAUAAACAGUU